UGCUGCCGCCGCAGUCUGUGCGACUCCUCCCGCUCUGCCGGCCAUCACGCGGGCUGACAGCCAUGGAUGUCAACCAGCCAAAGCAGGAGCAUUUGCUGGCUCUGAAAGUGAUGAGACUGACCAAACCUACCUUAUUCACUAAUAUUCCAGUGACUUGUGAAGAAAGAGAUUUGCCAGGUAAUCUAUUUAACCAGCUCAUGAAAGAUGAUCCUUCUACUGUGAAAGGUGCUGAAACUUUGAUGUUAGGAGAAAUGUUGACUUUGCCUCAAAAUUUUGGAAAUAUAUUUCUGGGAGAAACAUUUUCCAGUUAUAUUAGUGUGCACAAUGAUAGCAAUCAAGUUGUCAAGGACAUACUGGUGAAGGCUGAUCUUCAGACAAGUUCUCAGCGUUUGAACCUUUCAGCUUCUAGUGCUGCAGUGGCAGAGCUUAAACCUGACUGUUGCAUUGAUGAUGUGAUCCAUCAUGAAGUAAAGGAGAUAGGAACACACAUCUUAGUUUGUGCAGUAAGUUACACUACGCAGACUGGAGAGAAGAUGUACUUCAGAAAGUUCUUCAAAUUUCAGGUUCUUAAACCACUAGAUGUGAAAACCAAAUUCUACAAUGCGGAGAGUGACCUCAGUUCUGUGACAGAUGAAGUGUUUCUGGAAGCUCAAAUUCAAAAUAUCACUACCUCUCCAAUGUUUAUGGAGAAAGUUUCUUUAGAGCCAUCCAUGAUGUACAAUGUUGCAGAACUGAACACAGUUGACAUAGCAGGGGAAAGUGAGUCUACUUUCGGUGCAAGGACAUAUUUACAACCUAUGGAUACACGUCAAUACUUAUACUGUCUAAAACCAAAGCAAGAAUUUGCAGAGAAAGCUGGAGUAAUAAAAGGUGUAACUGUGAUAGGAAAACUAGACAUUGUAUGGAAAACUAAUUUGGGUGAACGAGGAAGGCUGCAAACUAGCCAGCUCCAGAGAAUGGCUCCUGGUUACGGCGAUGUAAGGCUUUCAUUGGAGACAAUACCAGAUACUGUAAAUUUGGAAGAACCUUUUGACAUCACAUGUAAAAUAACAAAUUGCAGCAGUGAAAGGACUAUGGAUCUGGUUUUAGAAAUGUGCAAUACUAAUUCAAUCCACUGGUGUGGAGUUUCAGGAAGGCAACUUGGAAAGCUGCACCCAAGUUCAUCCCUCUAUCUUGCACUUACAUUGUUGUCUUCAGUGCAGGGAUUGCAGAGUGUCUCUGGCCUAAGACUUACAGACACAUUUUUGAAGAGAACAUAUGAGUAUGAUGAUAUUGCACAGGUCUGUGUAGUUUCUUCAGAAAUCAAGCAAAGCUGAAGAAAAGAUUCUGUAGUUUUACUGGGCUUCUUUUUAUUUUGACCAACUUCUUAAAGUUUUUGCAGUCAUUGUUUUAAAAUGAGUACCAACAAAAUCAAAUCCCUAUAUAGCUGUAAAUGUAAUAAUGAUAACUUAAUUUGUCUGAGCAUUUCUUGAAUGUUUUCAAAUCUUUUAUCUACUAAAAAUAAACCUUUUAAAAAAGUGUA